UAAAAAAAAAGCCUAAAACCGCCAAAGAAUUGAGUUGGAAAACUAAAAUAGAAAUUAGCGAAUUAUGUGUGAUAUUUUUCAAACAGACACUGAGCUACUGGAAGACACAUAUGAAGGCCAUUUUUCUAUAGUAAAUAAAACUUCAUUGCACCACUACAAAAGUUCGUUACCAAGUGAAUCUAAUUUAACUUCAUUUACACUAUUAAGUGAAGUUUGUCAACAUAGCAAGAAAUCUUUGGGUUUACACAGUAACUUUGAUCAGUUUAUUGAAUCUGUUAAAACCUUAACACAAAAUGCUGAUACAAGUAAUAUAUCAUCUUGGAAAAGUUCUCUAAAUACUUUUACAGACCCUGUAUCUUUAUUAGAGGAGUCCCUGGGACAGUGUAGGAAAUGCGGUCCAGCCUCUUCUAGACCAUUAAUUGGAUUAGAUCAGUUCCAAAAUGGCAAAUGUUCAUGUCAGUUAGACCUUGCAGAACCUAAUAAUAGAGAAAACAAACAGGACACUAAAGGGCUAUCAUUUGUUAAGGCCUUACACUCGGACAGUUCUAAUGAUGAAUCUAAAUCAAGUGAAAAUCAGAGACAACCGUCUAAACAAACAAAAUUUUGGCAACCAAGAUUUCCUUCCAAAACUACAGCCCAAUCAAUCACAUCAAAAUGUACACCGAUAUAUCAAGAUGUUGAUUUAGAGAGUGAGGAAGAGAUAAAGGCCCACAAGAGUAAUGUAGCCAAGGUGACGUUUAAAACGGCCAAGGAACAGUUACUGGCAUCAAACCCUGCAGCUAAAAGAACUCUUGGAGCCUCUAGGAAAGCUCAGGCUAAAUUUGUUUCUCCCAUGAUAGGAGCUCAGGAGAAGCAAGAGACAGCUGAACCUGAGGUUACAGAUGAAAGACUCAAGCACAUAGACCCCAAGAUGAUUGAACUUAUUGAAAGUGAAAUUAUUGACAAGGGGAUACCAAUAGGUUGGGAUGACAUUGCUGGUCUAGAACUAGCCAAGUCAGUGAUCCAAGAGGCAGUAGUGUGGCCUCUGCUAAGGCCAGACAUCUUCACAGGACUGAGAAGGCCACCCAAAGGCAUCCUCCUCUUUGGCCCUCCGGGCACUGGAAAAACAUUAAUUGGCCGGUGCGUGGCGGCGCAGUGCCACGCGACAUUCUUCAGCAUCUCGGCAUCAUCGCUGACGUCCAAGUGGAUCGGCGACGGCGAGAAAAUGGUGCGCGCGCUCUUCGCCGUCGCUCGCACACACCAACCAGCUGUAAUAUUCAUCGACGAAAUAGAUUCUCUACUCACACAAAGGAACGACACAGAACACGAGGCCACAAGGAGGAUCAAGACUGAAUUUUUAGUGCAGUUCGACGGUGCGGCGACAGGCGACGAGGAGCGGCUGCUGAUCAUCGGCGCCACCAACCGGCCUCACGAGCUGGACGAGGCCGCGCGCCGCCGCCUCGUCAAGCGCCUCUACAUACCGUUGCCGGAGCACGACGCUCGCAAGCAGAUGAUAGAAAAUUUACUACAAAGCGAGCCACAUGAGCUGAGCGACCCACAGUUGGGCGAGGUGGCGGCGCUGACGGCGGGCUUCUCGGGCGCCGACGUCAAGUCCUUAUGCUCCGAGGCCGCCAUGGGGCCCGUGCGCGCCGUCCCGCUCGCGCAGAUCGCCACCAUUCAGCGGGACAAGGUGAGGCCAGUGAACAUACAAGACUUCAAAAACGCGUUGCAGCGAGUUAGGCCUAGUGUGUCCCAGGAUGAUUUAGGGCAAUAUGUUAAAUGGAACCAAACUUAUGGCCAAGGAUUUUAAUAAAUUAUUAAAGUAAAG